AUGGCUUCUUUUGAAAUCAACGUAGACAUGAUACUUGAGAUUCUUUCUCAUUCUCAUGUCUCCGUGGUUGAAAAAUCUAGACUCUUGAACAAAGAGUUCAACAAGAGAACUUACAGCUCUUCUUUUCUCAAACAAAAACUCCAAAACACCAAUUCUGUUUCCGGUUACUUCAUUCAGUACAACAAGAGCUUAACUCCUCUAUCCACUUUUAUCAAAAAUGACGGAAUCAUUCCUCACGGGUCUGAGAUCUCUCUGGAUUUUCUACCACCAGGAAGAAUACACAUCAAAGCUUGUGACGCAAGUCAUGGGGUUUUAUGUGUGUUAAUGAUCUUCCGGUUAGAGGAAGACAUCCCAAGUACAUGGUCUGCAAACCAACAACGAAACAGUACCAGAUCAUACCGAGGCCAAAAACCCGGCAUUUCACAAUCGCACGGUUUGGUGGUGAUGAGAACUGAUCCUCUCCGGUAUAAAAUCAUAUCAGGCUCUCGCCUUCCAACGAACAGGAGGUACAACUUGAAUUUUACUCUCGUUUGUGAUGUUUUCGAUUCCGAUUCGUUUGCAUGGAAGCGACUAUCAAAGAACGUGGAACUACCGGCAGAAGAUAUGCCAGGUGUAAGAAUGUCUGAACCCGUUGCUGCUUACGAGUUCUUGCAUUGGUUAACGGCCAACAACAACGUGUUACGGUUUUGUCUGAAAACCGACACUUGGUCGUUUCUCGCGGUUCCUGAGCAUCUAGCGAGCGAGAAGUCUCUGAAACUGGCAAAUACGAAGGGAAGCUUGGGUUUUUCAGAUCAAGAUCGAAGGAAGGAGUGGAUUAUCAGGAGAUAUGGGUUUUAG